AUGCCAUCCACCCCAGUCGACCUGUCGAGCCUCACUCUCGUGCGCUGCACGCCCGCCCAGUUCGACGUUGCGGCACACAACGCCCACGCCGAAUGGGGCAAUGGCUACAGCAUCGACGAGUUUGUCGAGCACAUGAAGGGGUUCACGGUGAACGCCAAGGCCAACGGCUAUGCCUGGGGAAGCAAUGGGCAAUGGGUUCCGUGGGCCCUUGUACCCAGGAGCGACCCCGGAACGAUGAACAUGUUGGCCCAUUGCCAUACGUUCCGCCGCGACAGCCUGGUUCUCCCUCCCGGUUCAUCGACACCAGAGGACGUCGCGUCGUACGGCAUAGGCGCAGUGUUCACCCCGGUGUACGCGCGCAAGAAGGGAUAUGCGCGCCACAUGCUCCGCUUGCUGCACUACAUGCUCGCACCAGAGACCCGCCUGGCCCCGUUCCCUGCCGAAUGGGGAGCCCCGCCCGCCGCCGACAUUCGCAUCGGGGACGCACGCUUCAGCGUGCUGUACUCUGGCAUUGGCGAAAAGUUCUAUGCAGACUGCACAAAGGGGGCAGAGGACAAGGGCUGGGUCCACCCGCGGCCGCGCGUCGUGACGCGCGAGUGGAAGGUGCCGGCGGACGACGCUGGGACCGAGGUGGCCGGUGCACAGUGGGUCGAGAGGGACGGGCUGGGCCGUGUCGAGGCCGAGAUGGCCAAACGUAUACGCCUCGAGCUGUCCACAACGGGAGAUGCGUCCAAGACGCGCUUAGCAAUCCUGCCAACUGGUCAGUUGACAUUCCAAGUCGUCUUCUCGGACAACAAGCGACCCGGCUCAACCAACGCACUCUUUCUUCCGGCCGCGGCCGGCAGCGACGAGCAGCCAUUCAUUGCGUACGCCCUCACCCUCCCAGACGCAGGCAAGACGUCGACCCGGCUGGUCAUCACGCAUGUGUCCCACACAGCCGAGGCAAGGGUCCCAUUCAGCGCAGUUCUCGCCGCUGCCUGGCGCGAGGGAGCCACCGAGGUCGAGCACUGGGGCGACGCCGGCUGGGACGCUGAAGGUGACGGCGCAAAGCUCCUGCCCGACGCGAACUGUCCUUGCAUUGCAGUGUAUGGCCUCGCCGACGACGACGUCGAGUGGGAGUGGUGCGAGAAGCUUGCCGGCUAG